AUGAGGCAGGCUAGGAUCCUAGCAGCUUUGUAUUUCAUCCUAACCAUCCCCCCAGCAAUUAGCGACAUGACUGACAGCAUUGAAAUGAUGUGGGGCAAUACACAGGUGCUCUAUGAUAGCGCUGGCCACCAAACCAUGUCACUGACCCUUGACCAGUGGACGACUUCAGCAUUCCGCUCAAAGAGCCAGUACCUCUUUGGGAGGUUCGACAUUGACAUCAAGCUUGUCCCCAAGGAAUCUGCUGGCACGGUCACCACAGUAUAUAUGGUAACAGAGGGGCCAUGGCAGUACCAUGAUGAGAUCGACCUUGAGUUCUUGGGGAACGCCACCGGUGAACCAUACACCCUUCACACAAACAUCUAUGCCAAAGGAAAAGGUGGCCGAGAAAAGCAGUACCGUCUUUGGUUUGAUCCCACUGAAGACUUCAAUACUUACUCCAUCAUCUGGAACCCACACAUGAUCUUAAUACUUGUCAAUGGCAAACCAAUCCGGCAGAUGAAGAAUCAGAUGAGGGAUGACACUCCCUUCCCACUCAAUCAGCCUAUGAGGAUGUAUGCCAGCAUAUGGAAUGCUGAGGAUUGGGCAACGCAGGGUGGACGCAUCAAAACUGACUGGUCACAGGCGCCAUUCACAGCAUUCUUCCGGAACUACACUGCCAACGCUUGUGUCCCAUACAAUAGAGCCUGGAUUUGCGGCCAGGGUUCUGGUGAUAGCAGUUGGUUUAACCAGGAGUUGGAUGAGGAGGGGCAGCAGAAACUGAAGGAUGUGGAUGGUAAAAACAAGAUAUAUGACUACUGCACCGACUCAAGGAGGUUUCCUGAUGGAUACCCCCCAGAAUGUGCAUCGCAGUAG